AUGCAGCUCCUCCGGCUCCUCGCCGCCCUCGGCCUCGCGUCCGUCGGCACGGCCCAGACCCUGCCGCCCUCCCCGACCGCGUCCGUCAACUGCCAGCCCCACGGCGACCACUGGCACUGCGACGGCCCCCGCACCACGGCGGCCGCCAGCGCCGGAAGCGCGAGCCAGUCAGCCGCGGCGACGACGAGCUCCAAGAGCGCCCACCAUGAUGGCGACCACGACCACGAUGACGACCACCACGACCACAGCUCUGGCGGCGUCCUGCCGCCAUCGCCCACCGCCUCGCUCGGAUGCGAGCCCCACGGCGACCACUGGCACUGCUCGGGCCCGCGCACCGCCAUCGCCUCGGGUGCUGCUGCCUCUGCCACCACCACUACUACCUCGUCCAACAGCGCCGCUGCCGCCACGUCGGGAUCGGCCUCCACCACUCGGACUGGCGCCGCCUCGGGCACCGCGCCCGCUGCGGCUGGGGCUGGACGCGCCUGGGCUGACGCCGCUGCCGUUGCGGUCGCCGCCGCUGCUGGUGCCAUCUUUGUUCUCUGA